UGUCAUUUCGUCAAAAUAAACUUGAGUAAUAAACAUAACCUUAAAUUUUAAAAUCAAUCGUAUUAAAAAAAAUUAUAAUAUUUUCUGUUACCUUACUAUAGCUUAAAAUAAAAACUAUUAGUUUAAUUUAUUUCGACAUGAUUGGGUUGCAACUUUUGAGACUGGCAAGAAGUAAAACACAUGUAGGACUUACAAAGUCAUUACCCAUACCGGUAAUACAGUGUCAACAACUAAGAAGAAAAAAUGAUCUCUAUGAACCUGAUUACUUAAUUAGUAUGGAGCCUGACGAGCCGGUAUAUGACUGUUUGAAUCUUCAAUUGAAUGGAUAUGAUUUUGCAUUGCUUGAAUCUGCCCAAAGUCAAAUACACAAAUUCGCAGAAGUAAUGGGCAUUCAAGUUGAGGAAUGUUGGGCAACUCCAGCGAAAAAGCUUAAAGUUCAAAGGUUCAAACCUGGUGGAACUGUGGUUGAUUCAGAAUAUCUUCUCAAUGUAUAUGAGAGAAAUGUGCAGGUGACCGACGUCCCGGCGUGGGCUCUAGGUACCCUACUGCGGGUUGCGCGCGCGUCUCUCCCCGAGGGCUGCACGCUCAACGUGCAAGAGCACGCUGUAGAGCACGAAGAGAUUCGCUACGUGCCGGACAACCAGCUGAUCGAACUCAAACAACAGCUUGAAGACAUGGGCGGCAGCAGAGCCGAAAAGAAGAAGAAGAAAUAGUGUUAAUUAUGUAUAUUUUUAUAGUUCGUUAUUUAAUUAUAGUUU